AUGGGGAACUGGGCUGUGAAUGAGGGCAUCUCCAUCUUUGUCAUUCUGGUAUGGCUGGGGAUGAACGUCUUCCUCUUUGUCUGGUACUACCGGGUUUAUGAUAUCCCAGAUAAGUUCUUUUAUACUCGAAAACUUCUUGGGUCAGCGCUGGCCCUGGCCAGAGCCCCUGCAGCCUGCCUGAAUUUCAACUGCAUGCUGAUUCUGCUGCCUGUCUGUCGAAAUCUGCUCUCCUUCCUCAGGGGUUCCAGUGCGUGCUGCUCAACAAGAAUUCGGAGACAACUGGACAGGAACCUCACCUUUCAUAAAAUGGUGGCAUGGAUGAUUGCACUUCACACUGCAAUUCACACCAUUGCACAUCUAUUUAAUGUGGAGUGGUGUGUGAAUGCCCGAGUCAACAAUUCUGAUCCUUAUUCAAUAGCACUCUCUGACAUUGGAGAUAAGCCCGGUGAAACUUACCUCAAUUUUGUUCGACAAAGAAUCAAGAAUCCUGAAGGAGGCCUGUAUGUGGCUGUGACUCGGGUGGCAGGCAUCACCGGAGUCGUCAUUACACUGUGCCUGAUAUUAAUUAUCACGUCCUCCACCAAAACCAUCCGGAGGUCUUAUUUUGAAGUGUUUUGGUACACACACCAUCUCUUUGUGAUCUUCUUCAUUGGUCUCGCCAUCCAUGGAGUUCAGCAGAUUGUACGUGGGCAGACUGCAGAGAGUUUAUUGAAACACCAACCAAGAAACUGUUAUCAAAACAUCUCAGAGUGGGGAAAAAUAAAGAACUGUCCAAUCCCAGAGUUCUCUGGGAACCCUCCUAUGACUUGGAAAUGGAUAGUGGGUCCCAUGUUCCUGUAUCUCUGUGAGAGGUUGGUACGGUUUUGGCGAUCUCAACAGAAGGUGGUCAUCACCAAGGUGGUCACUCACCCUUUCAAAACCAUCGAGCUCCAGAUGAAGAAGAAGGGAUUCAAGAUGGAGGUGGGCCAAUACAUUUUCGUCAAGUGUCCUGUGGUAUCUAAGCUGGAGUGGCACCCUUUCACCCUGACCUCUGCCCCCGAAGAAGACUUUUUUAGCAUCCAUAUCCGCAUCGUGGGGGACUGGACAGAGGGACUCUUCAAAGCUUGUGGCUGUGAUAAGCAGGAGUUUCAAGAUGCCUGGAAACUACCAAAGGUAGCUGUUGACGGGCCCUUUGGCACUGCCAGUGAAGACGUGUUCAGUUAUGAGGUGGUGAUGUUAGUGGGAGCAGGGAUCGGGGUUACGCCCUUUGCAUCCAUCCUCAAGUCGGUCUGGUACAAAUAUUGCAAUAAAGCCCCAAAUCUGAGGCUCAAAAAGAUCUACUUCUACUGGCUCUGCCGGGACACACAUGCCUUUGAGUGGUUUGCGGACCUGCUGCAGCUGCUAGAAACACAGAUGCAGGAGAAGAACAACACGGGCUUCCUCAGCUACAACAUCUACCUCACUGGCUGGGAUGAGUCUCAGGCCAGUCACUUUGCUGUGCAUCAUGACGAGGAGAAAGAUGUAAUCACAGGCCUGAAACAAAAGACCUUGUAUGGACGACCCAACUGGGAUAAUGAGUUCAAGACCAUUGGAAGUCAACACCCCAAUACCAGAAUAGGAGUCUUCCUCUGCGGACCGGAAGCCUUGGCUGACACCCUUAAUAAGCAGUGCAUCUCCAACUCCGACUCUGGCCCCAGGGGAGUGCAUUUCAUUUUCAACAAGGAAAACUUCUAACUGGUCUCUUCCAUGAGGAAUAAAUGUGGGUUGUACCACUGAAUAACCAAGUAAUGCUAGUGGAUAAUAGAAGUUCCUCCCUUUAAAAAAGAAAAAGGAACUAUGAUGUGAUGAUUUUCCCUGAAAGGAAUGUCAAAGAUUUUUAAUGGUGAUAAAUUUGCAU